GACGCAGCUGGGGGUGCGACGGUUCGCGUUUGCGCAUGCGCUGUCCGGCAUUUUGGAAGUCAGAAUUCUUCAGAUUCAGAAUUUGAAUCAGUAAAUACAAGGAAUUUGUUUUUUGGUGCUUAACGUGCUCCUGAAGCCACCAUCAUUAUGGCGGAUCCAAGAAUACGGCAGAUAAAAAUAAAGGCUGGUGUCGUAAAACGGCUGGCUAAGGAAGAGGUCUUGUACAUAAAGGAGGCAAAAGAGCAGGAAGAGAGAAUUGAGCGUCUGAAAGCUGAGGCAAAGGAUGAGUAUCUGAUCAAGAAACAGGUGGAGGUGUUGCAGGAGUCGAGAAUGAUGAUUCCAGACUGUCACCGCCGUUUAGCAAUGGCUCAUGCUGAUCUGCAGCAGCUGUUGGAAAUGGUGGUGGAUCUGGAGGAAUUGGAGGAAUUCAAGGAGGCCAGAAGUGUUUUAGACUCUGUCAAACUAGAGGGAUGAUGUAAACACACCUGCGCAACACAUGUCCAUUCCAUUAGUCAGGACUUCUUAAUGUUGAUUCACACACAAGUCUGAUCAUUGUUUUGUAUUUAUUUUGUAUUUAUUGUUAACACAAUGAAUAUACCAUGCCGCUGUUGAUUUUUCAAAGUUGCAAAAUGGAAUAAACUAUACAUGUACUAUA